GUCGUGUUUUGUUAGCAACAGUUGCUGUAUCUCCAGAUUUGACGCUUUUACACUUUAACUUAGUCUGUUUUUAUCUUUCUGUCGUCUCUUGGAAUUUUAAAGAUUAUUUUUUAACUUCCUAAAUGUCUUCUCUCCGCUUUCACUUCGCUUCUUCGUCGAGUUUUAACCGUCAGCUGCUGUUUUUUUAUCCGUCAUUCUGCGGAGCGGGAAGUUUGAAAGCUGCUGUUAGCAUGCAGGCUAACCGUUAGCUCACUUUAAAUUGACUUUAUUGAGCCGUGAAUCCGUUAACAGUCAUGUUGUCUCGGCCCGGUUCCGGCUCUGUCAGUCCGGAUCAGUCCACCUGCAGCUCAGACACUGGGAGCGUUUUAAUCCGCUCCACCAGGGCUCGUCCCCGGAGUCACGGAGCUGGAGCCGGUAACGUCCAGAUCACCGUGCAGAAGCUCCGGGAGCCUCCCCAGGUUCAGCCUCCUCUGACAGGACAGCAGCUCAGACAGAAGACGGAGAUCAGUGAUGCAAAGCCGGCAGCAGCAGACCGUGAGCCCGGUCCCGACCUGCUGACGUCGCACUUCGAGGCCGGAGGUCGAGGCGUUGUGUUGGCGGCUCUGAAACAACGGUGGGUCCCACAGCGCCCCCCUCAGGAGGGAGGUCAGGGUCCAGAUGUUGGACCAGCCGCCCCUCCAGACCUCAGCAGACCCUCAGGAUGCUGCUCUGAGCUCCAGAAUGCAACAGGUGUGGCACCGGUCCAGAGGGAGGUGGAGCUAAACUCUGGUCGCCAUGGAGACGCCAGCAGCGCAGCAACAACCGCAGCGGCUGUUGUUGCUGCUGCAGCUCCACUGAUCAAGGCUCAGUCAGACAUGGAGGCUCGAGUGUCUCAGCUGGCAGACGGAGUUGAAAGGCUGCUGCAGGCCGACAGGUAUGGCGAGGGAAGGAGGCGGAGCCUGAGCCAGCAGACGCUGCAGCAGCUGGAGACGCUUCAGAACCAACAGCUGCAGCUGCAGAGCCAGCUGCUGGAGUCCGCCCUCAGAAUAGUCACAGGCCACGCCCCCACGACCUCUGACCUCACAGCUCCAGGUCGACCCGCCCACCUGCAAGUUACACACCUGGACGCUGCAGCGAACGGCCGGAGCUCCUCAGCAACCACAGCCUUCUCUGCCGCGUGGAAACCGCUGCAAUUGCCAUGGAAACGUGCCGCCGUGACCGAUGUCAGAGCAACCAGUCUGACUCUGGAGGGCCGCUCCCCCGCCGGAGGACCGCAGCAGCAGCAGCCCCCCGCCGCGAAGAGCCAGGCGGUGCUGCUGAGUGGGAAGGAGGCGGUGGGGCAGCUGAACCACCACCACCACCAGGCGGACGGACCAGGAAAGGCUCAGCAGCCCGGACUGGAUCGGUACUCGCUCGGAGGGGACAGCCGGGCUCGCAGAGCCCCGCCGCAGAGCUCCAUGGUCGGCGUGCUGCCCGGACAGGUCGGGCUGACGGAGCCCGGAGGAAAGCGGCCCGCCUCGGUGUCCAGCACCGACCAGGAGCGGGAGCUGAAGGAGAAGCAGCGGAACGCGGAGACUCUGGCCGAGCUGAGCGAGAGUCUCCGGAACCGGCAGGAGGAGUGGAGCAGCAAGCCGAAGACGGUCCGGGACACGCUGAAAGACCACGGGCUGGUCGGCAGAGUGUUCGCCUUCGACGCGGUGUCCAAACCCGGGAUGGACUACGAGCUGAAGAUUUUCAUCGAGUAUCCGAGCGGCUCCGGGAACGUUUUCUCCAGCGCCUCGGGGGUCGCCAAGCAGAUGUACCAGGACUGCAUGAAGGACUUCGGCCGGGGUCUGUCCUCCGGCUUCAAGUACCUGGAAUAUGAGCGGAAACACGGCUCCGGGGACUGGCGGCUGCUCGGGGAUUUACUACCGGAGUCGCUGCGCGGGAGCAGCAGCUCCAGGGCCAGGAAGAGGAAAGCCUCCCCGGAGCCGGACUCUGACGGCGGGCUGAAGCUGACGGAGGAGCAGCAGCGGCAGCAGUGGAUCAACAGCCAGACCGAAGCCCUCAAACUCUCCAUGGCCGCGGGCUCCUUCGCCGGUCCGCCGCCGCCUCUCGGCCCGGGACACCCGGCCGCAGCUCCCCCCCAGAGCCCUCCGCGCCCCCGCAGAAACGGACAGUCACCGAUGGCCGCGCUCAUGUCGGUCGCGGACACGCUCGGGAACGCACACUCCCCCAACAAGGACCGGGACUCGGUCCACUCCACCACCUCCUCCUCCAGACACAACAGCAGCAGCCCGGUGUCCCCCGCCUCCGUGUCCGGCCAGAGGCGCCUCUCGUCCCGCAACGGGGACCUCGGGCUGCCGGCGCCGUCCCAGUCCUCGGGAGGCCUGGACCCGUGUCCGUCGGUUCCGGGCCACAAGUUCUGCUUCCCCUGCUCCAGGGAGAGCAUCAAGGCCCAGGGAGCCUCCGGGGAGGUGUACUGCCCCAGCGGGGAGAAGUGCCCGCUGGUCGGCUCCAACGUGCCCUGGGCCUUCAUGCAGGGAGAGAUAGCGACCAUCCUGGCUGGAGACGUGAAGGUAAAGAAGGAGAGAGACCCGGACGAGUGCUAUCUUCGAGGUGCUUCCAGCAUUUCUACGGCUGAAAGAGCUCAUCUGCAGUCCUCGACCAAUCACAGCCAGGAGGUGGCGAGAAGAGCCAAUGAGAUGCUGAGGGAGAUGGGACGUCUGAAGACAGAGAUGAAGAUGCUGCUGACGCACCCAGAAGACUCUCUGGAAACCUCCAGACCUGCACCGGACCACCUCCAGGUCCAACAAAACCAGCAUCUGACCCAGUUACACCAGUGCCAUCAAAACCAGACCCAACGAAACCAAUCAAAACAAAACAAAUCUCCCAAAAAAACAUUUCAUCAAAACAGAUCCCACCAAAACCAGUCCCAACAGAAACAAUCCCAACAGGUGCUAUCUCAGUCCCAUCAAAACCAGUCUCAACAGAUCCAAUCCCAACAAGGCCAGUCCCAAUAUAAGAAAUCCCAACAAAACCAGUCUGAGUUCCAGCUAUCCCAGUACCAUCAAAACCAAUCGAAACAGAACAAAUCCCAACAAAGCCAGUCCCAACAGAAAGAAUCCCAGCAAAUUCUAUCUCAGUCCCAUCAAAACAAAUCCCAACAACACCAGUCUGAAUCCCAUCAAGAUCAGUCACAACAAAAUAAUUCCCAUCAAAACCAGUCCCAUUCCCAGCUAUCCCAGUGCCUCCAAAACUCAUUUCAUCAAAACCAGUCCCAACAAACCAAUUCCCAAGACAACCCCUCCAGCAGCAAACUUUCCCAUUUCCAACAAAACCAGUCUCAGUUCUUACAAUCCCAGUCACAGCAAAACCAGUCCCAAAAUUCCCAAGAAAACCACUUUCGGUCUGAACCUUCCCAGUUCCACCAAAACCAGUCUCACCAGCACACAUCCCAGCAAAACCGGUCCCAUCCCCUGUUCCAUCAAAUCAAGCCACAACAACAUCAGACCCAUCGAACCCAGUCCCAGCAGUUCCAGUCUGUACUGGUCCAGAGGAAGCCUGUGGUUCCGUCCCCGUUGGAGGAGGCUGGCCAAGUUCUCCGUCAGGUCCGGAGGCAGAAGAAAGUUCUGGAGGAGAACCUGGAAGCUCUGCUGAGAGCCAAGACUGGAGAGGUGCUACACUGCCAGCUGGAAGCUCUGGCUGCGAACAGAGACUGGACCGAGGAGGUUCGGAUCAAGAAGACAGUGGACGCCUGGAUCAGUACUUUAACCAGAGACAUCCAGGCUGAGAUGUCUUUAGAAGAUGCUGCUCACUGCAGAGCCGCAGACGCUGCAGUGACAUCACAGAGCUCCGCCCGCCCAGGAGGGAAGAAACCACUGAGCAUGCCCAGAACAUCAGGAAGUAGACCGACGACAGGUAGAGGAAGCAGAGGACGGACGGCUGGACACAAAGCGCAGGGGGCGGAGCCUGAUGCAGCCUCAGGUAGACUGACGGACAGCCAGCAGGUGGACGGAGAGUCAUUCCUGAACCGUCUGUACGGGAGAGCGCCGUACGAAGGCCAGAGACGAACCCUGAAGAAGAGUCCAUACCUUCGCCUCAACUCACCUGCCUCACCGCUGGGCAGGAAGCCCCGCCCCCGCCUGGUGGAGAGCGUCCGAGGUGUGAAGGUGAAAUCUUGUAAGACUCAGACCAGUUUGGAUCCGCCCCUUAAUGUGUCUCCGCCCCUUAAUGUGUCUCCGCCCCUCAGUUUAUCACCUGGACGUCAGCAUCACCAUGUCGUCCGCUCCUCCCACCUGACCUCAGGUGCCCCCGUCGACCUCACCAUGACCCCUGCAGAGAGCUUCCCUGUUGCAGUGGCGAUCCCACUGGGUCGUCCAAGGAUUGACUCCUCCAGACGUCCACAAAGAAUGACAUCAUCACCAAAAGUCCCGCCUCCUAAAGCAGCUGUGGUCACUACGGACAACGGAUCACCUGAGCAACAGAAGCAGCAGCAGGAUGAAGAUGAAGCUCCUCCUCUUCCUCCAUCAAACACUGUCGACAUCAUCGAGAGGAAGAGCGAGGAAGAGGAAGAAGAAGAGGAAGAAGAAGAAGAGAACGUCUUCCCUGGAACUGACUUCCUGUCUGUCGCUGAUGUCCAGCAGGAGGUGAGUGUGGAGGCUGAGGAGGAGGUUCUGCUGGAUGGAGGUCCGUCUCCUCCUCCGGUUCUGUACCAGGGUCCAGCCUUCCCUCCCCAGGCCCCCUCUGGCCUCCCUGCCCAGGAUCAGGUGUCCGUCCCAGGCAUCGAGCAGCAGCGAGACGCCCUGGAGACCCGACUGGUAGAAUGGGUUGAACAGCAGCUGAUGUCCAGGAUCAUCUCUGACAUGUACCAUCCUCCUCAGCCUGACCCCGCCCACGACCAGCACACCGACCAAUCAGAGCUCGAGGAGCGAAGCGUCACCUCUGACAUCGUGGAGGCAGCAGGAGGAGGAGGUUUGCAGCUUUUUGUCGACUCCAACAUGUCGGUGGAUUCAGAUUUAAUCAGACAGCUGGUUAAUGAGGUUCUGACUGAGACCGUUGCCCUGAUGCUGGGUCAGAGAGAUGCUGAACCAGGACCAGGACCAGGACCAGCACCAGCACUAGAGCAGCAGGUUAAACUGGUUCCACUGGUCCCCACUCCAGUACCGACACCACCUCCCAGUCCGACCCAGCCCAGCAGGGAGACCGGACCUGUGACCACGCCCCCUCCAUCAGAACCAACCAGCCCUCUGAACUGGAAGUCACCUCAGCCAAUCACAGAGCCAGAGCCUGUAGCCACGCCCCCUCUCAGCCCAGAGCCAGGAAGUCCACCUGCUGUUCAGGCCCCGCCCCCUCUUACCUGGGGAGAUGCUGAGCUGCCAUUGGACGAGGAGCGACCAGAGGAUCAUCUGGAUUCACCCAAACAGCAGCUGUUGAUGUCGGUGGCAGAGGAGGAGCCUCCCCUCUCCUCGCCUCUUCCUCCUCCCUCCCUCCCCCCUGCUCGCUCCCCGUCUCCCCCUCCAGAACCAGAACCUGCCUCCCGCUCCAGUUCCUCAGAGUCCAGCAGCUCCAGUACCAGCUCCAGUUCCAGUUCCAGUACCAGUACGGUGACCGCAGGAACAGAAGCAGCACUGAGACACAUCUCAGAGGGAGAGAUGCUGAUCAGCAUCAACCAGCUGGCAGCCAUGACGGAGGAAGAAGCCGUCUGCAGUUUCUCCAGUUCUCUGCAGGAGCUGCAGGAAAUGGACCUGGACCCCCCCAGUGAAGGUCAGAUCAGAGGUCAGGACCUGCUGCUGGUCAACAGGAUGCAUGAACGAGUCACAUCCAGAGGAGAGAGACCUCAACCAGAGGGCUCCUGGGGGAGGGAGGAGGAGGACGUGAGUGUCGGGGAGGUGAGAGACAAACGGACUACAAAACCUCACAGGACUACAAAUCCCAGCUGGCAGAGUCAGACGUCCUCACCUGGACAGAUCAGUCAGGCUGCAGAUGUCGGUUUUGAAGCCACCAAUCAGAGCUCGGUUGCCGUGGGCGACCAGGCGGCAGAGCCAAUGGGAACACUGACCUCUGACUUGUCGCUGACUCCGCCCCCUCACCUGGAGGAAACGGACGCUGCAGCGCAGGUCGUUAUGGUGAAGCAGCUCCACUCACCAACAGGUACACAGGAAGUUGAUGAUGAAGGAGGAAGCAGGAAGUUGGAGGUUCAGCUGGAAUCCUUCAGACCCGACGAGUCGAUCAGCGGAGCUUCAGAUUCAUCCAGCGACGUUUUCUAGAAGAAAAAUGAAAAAAGUUUAUCAGUUAAAACGCUGCUGAGCCUAAAUAAUGAUUUAUAGAGAAACAAACUGAUAAUUAAUAUGAAUAAACAGUUUAUUUACUGAUUCCUUCAUGUUUUUGCAACUUUAUGAACUAAGAGAGUUUUUUCAUCUGUAUUUUAAUAUAACACUAUAAAUAAAGUACAUUUAUUUGUUUUUUAAUGGAAA